AUGAAACAUUCUUAAUUAGUUCACCUACUGUCCAAAUAACCAUAAUCUAUUGAUAAUUAAGGAGCUACUUAAAUGAGUACUCCUAGAGCCAAUUAACAAUCAUAAUAAACUUUGACUCUACCACAUAAAUUGAAUACAUUGAGUACAGCCUACAGUAAAGAGUAGAGACAAGUAACAGAAGGUAAUGAAGAUUUUGAAGUUUAAGUAAACUAAUUCAAUGUAAUAAGAAAAUUAAAGAUCUACAAAAUAGAUUGAUAUCUAGAUGUACUACGUUAGAAUUCCUUAUUUAAGUUAUUACAACAAACAAAAAUUAAUUGAACAGUUUACCAACCAUUUAAAAAAUUGAGUAGCUCUUACUCUCUAUUGUUAACACUAUUUAGAAUACAACUAAAAAUGAAAUUUAGUUAGGCUUCUUAAAUAGAUAACAAAAGAAAACUUCUGGUAUUCAAUCUUAAUUAUUUUAUAGUCUUUAAUAAGUAGGUAUUAAAAAAAGAGGCUGAUUUAUUUGAUAGAAAUAAGUCAUUGCAGCAAGAAGUUGAAAUCAAUUCAUCUAGAAGUAAUAAAUUGAUAGAAGAAAAUUUAAAAUUAUAAAAGUAAUUAAAAUCAGAAAAAAAUUUAAACGAAAUUAAUAUCAAGAAAAUAAAUGCAUUAGAAAAAAGAAUUGAAUUUAUAGUGUCAAAUGAUAUCAACAUUUUUGAAAUGAGAUCGAAUUUGACAAUUUUAAUGAAGGAGAAUGAACAAUUAAAAAGGGAUUUGGAAAGAAAAAAUUAAGAAGUAGAGAGAAUUCAAGGAAAAUUAAAUUAAUAUUAAUUAGUGGUAAGUAGAUUAUAAAAAACUAUUGAUAAUUUAAGAAAGAAAAAUGAUGAUGAUGAAAUUAGAGGAUUUAUAAAAAAAGAUGAUAUUGAAUUAUUAAUGAAUUUUAAGAUACCAUAAAAUUUGGAUUUUCGAAUAGUGUGUUAGAAAUUAGAUCAUUAAAAUUUAUUGAAUGAUUUAUGUGAAAAAGGGGUUAUAAAUACAUUAUAAUAAAUAUCUUAAUAAUCAUAAGAAGUUUAGAAAUAGUAAAUAACAUACUAUUGUAAUUAAUUGUUGUCUUUUAAGGAGUUUUCUGAGAGAUUGAAUUAAUUGUUAUUAUAAAUGGAAGAGUUCAGCAAUUGUUAAACAAUAGAAGAUCUAAUUUUUAAUGUAAAUAGACAAUUACCUUAAGUAUUUAAAUGUGAGACAGCCAAAUUAUGGUUGCUAGAUACAAAGAAUGGAUUAUUAUAUUCAUAUUUGGAAACUAGAUAAUAAAUAAAGGCUUUAUAAGAUAAAGGAUUGGUAGCAGAUACAUUUAAAAUGUAUUAAGCAUAGAAUAUAAGUUAGAAACCAAAGAAAGCAAUAAUAUAUAGAUUAAAUGAUAAUGAGUAGGCUGAAUAUGGAAAGAGUGCAUUAAUAUUACCAAUAUUUUGUAUAGGUUAGAAUAUAAUAAGAGGUAGUUUGAUAAUAUUGAAUUCAGAAUAAGAGUAAUUUUCUUUUGAUGAAGAAUAUUUUGGUAUAAUAAUAAGUAGUUUUUUGGGGAUAAUAUUAUAAAGAUUAGUAGAUAAGGAGAGUUGGUUAAUAGCAUAAAAGUAUCGUAGUUUGAUGAAUAAUUAAUUAACAGAGAUUUUAAGAUCAAAAGAUAAGUAAAUAGCUAGUGAGAGAAUAAGAUAAAGUUUUAAAAAGAUAUUUGGAUUUUAGAUAAUAUAGUUUUAUUUUGUGGAUAAUGAUAAAAUGAUAAGUUUUGUGGAUGGAAAGGAAUAGUAAUUUUCAUUAGAUUAUGGAUUGGCUGGAAUGGCAGUUAGAAAUAAGUAGAGAUAUAUAGUGAAUGACAUAAAAAGAUCUGUUAAUUUUAAUCCAAAGGUUGAUUUGAUAUCUAUAUUGCCUGUUUUUAUUUAGCCUUUAUUAAAUAAAUAAGAUGUGGUGAUUGGAGUAGUUGAAGUAAAUAAUUAUAAAUUAAUAAAUAGACUUGUUUAAAGAAUAAGUUAUCAAUUGAUAUGGAAAGAGAACAUUUAUUAGAAGUGAGUGAAAAUCUAUUUGGAAUUGAAGAACCUUUAACAAGUUAAUUAUAAAGUUAUGUUGAAUUGUUGGCAGGAACUUUAUCUAAUAUAAAAUUUUGA